AUGUCUUACAGAUUCGUACUCAAUGUCUCUUCGGAAGCAAGUUGGUUAAAUAAAACGCUCGAAGAAGUCGAUCCUGAGGGAAUCGCCCUGGGCAGUUAUGAUGGCCCACCUAUUACCCACAACGAGGACUUCAUCAAGUACCGAUCGUACUGUCAUUCUCAUCCCCUAUCCGACAUUUGUACUCGUAUAGAGGAACGUAUGUCUCUGGAUCAUCGAAUGACCAAGGAGGACGUUUCUGCUGUUCGCAUUCUCACAUCACUACCGUAUGCCUUCUGCGACAAUCUCAUCAAUAAAUUACGGCAGGAUCAUGACGCUGAGGAAUGCAAGAAGAAUACAUCAAGUUCUGGCCCUUUCUUGAUGAUAUUUGGAGGUCUGCUGCUGUUAGGUGUAGGCAGAACAGUGCCGUUCUCACUAGGACUACCAUUAAUGGACGACAACGUGAAAAAGCAUAACCUUCCUGUAUAUUUCGCUUGUAUGUUCUUUGUGAAGAUUCUCGGGCCAGUGCUCGGCUUACUCAUCGGUAGCAAGCUCAACGAAAUCUACUACACUUUCGACCCUCCUCAUGGUCUCACUCCGUUGGAUCCCAUGUGGAUUGGCUGUUGGUGGCUCGGCUUUCUUAUAUUUGGGGUUCUUUUAUUCUUCCCAUCAUUAAUUCUGUUCCUGUUUCCUUCGAACCAAUUAGACGAAAGAAAUGCCAGGGCGAAGAUCUAUCCCAAGGAGACUACUCCCAAUGGGACUGAGCCGCUGAAACCAAGGAAAACUUUGAACCUUUACGAUAAACACAUCAAAGUACACGACAAGACUGUCACAGUUGAACAAAAGAUGACUGGCGAGUCAUAUUCAUUCUUCCGUGCCACAGCUUCAGUUUUUUGCUCACCAACUGGCAAACAUUAA